CCCCUUUCAAAAGAACCCAGCUUUCGCUCUCCCUCUCUCUCUCUGGCCGCGCGUCCCUCCAAACUGGAUCGGCAUAAAUGAAUGAAACACAAGGGAAUAUCGACAGACAACCGCACAGGAAAACUCUCUGUCAAAGCAGCCUGUCAGGAGGAAUUUAUACUGGACUUGACAGGCAAUUCAACAUGAGUUUUUUCCUCUGGAACUUCACCUCAAGCUUGUCAAAUGCGUAAAGCGGCGACCGGUGUCUUUUUUUGCCCCCCUUGCAAAGGAGUCACACUGUGAUUAAAGGAUCAGGUUUUUGACUGCCAGGACAAAUGAAUACAAAUGAAUUUAGGCACCCGAAGGAGAGAUUGCAGAACCUCUCAUCUAGACACAAAGAGAGCCCUAUUGCUCUGUACCAUUUUAUAUUGUACUUGUUACCUGGGACUUACACAAGUACCCUCUGAAGAUGUGGACAUUCUCCAAAAGUUGGGGCUUAAGGGAGAGAGGACGUCACGCAGUCUGCCGGCAGGAGUCAUUCCGUUCAGAUCGGGGAUCAUCCUCAACCAGCGGGCGCAUAUUGAGGCUCCAUUGCGAUCAAUCUUUCCUCCGGCCAUCUGGCCUAACCUCACGCUGGUCCUGAGUGUACGUUCUCACCGUAUCAACAGUGCUUUCCUUUUCACCCUGCUCUCAGACCACAAGAAGCUGCUUCUUGGUCUACAGCUUGUACCGGGAAACCUGGUCCUACACACGGGACCAAAUACCUCUGUGGCACUGCCCUAUGAGCCCCACGAUGGCCAGUGGCACCAGCUGGGUCUGGGAAUUAAUGGACAGAGAGUGACUCUAUAUGCCUCCUGCGGAGGGCAGAGUGUUCAUGCAGACUUUGGGUGGGACAGUGAAAAGGGGCUGGCUCCAGAGCUCCUUGGCUCGCUGCUGCUGGGGAGGACAAGCCAGCAGCAAACUUCAGCACACUUUGAAGGAGCCAUUUGCCAGUUUGAUCUGGUCCCUUCUGCACAGGCAGCUCACAACUAUUGCAGGUACAUUAAGAAACAGUGCAGGGAAGCUGACACGUACAGGCCUAACCUUUCUCCUUUGCUGCCUAUCGUACCGAGAGAAAGAAACAUCACAGCUACUGCUGCUACCCCUAAACGUGGUGGCCCAGUAACCGCCAGGAAAACCACAGGGUUCAGCCUUGCCAGGAGCGCUGCUGCUGCAGCCUCAGCUGUCAGAUAUGUGGCCCCCACCCAAACGAUAAAACCGAACCAAGGGACCAUCAUCCCAACAACCCUGUUGGGAACUGUGAUACCAGUUACAGACCAAGUUGGUUUGGUUUCACCGCCUCUCAAGACCAGAACCAGCACUGUCACAACACCACUCAGGACAGGAGCACCACCCACGAAACCAUCAACGGCAAGACCCUCCAGUCCUAAAGCUUUUAAUCAGAAACCCUCUAAACCUACUCCAUCAAAAUCCACUUCAUCAAAACCCACUCCCCCAAAACCCACUCCAUCAAAACACAGUCCACCAAAACCCACUUCAUCAAAACACAGUCCACCAAAACCCACUCCAUCAAAACACAGUCCACCAAAACCCAGUCCCUCUAAACCCACUCCAUCAAAACCCAGUCCGAUAAAACCCAGUCCCUCAAAACCCACACUCUCUAAACCCACUCUGUCAAAAGCCACCCCUCAAAACAACCCAAAAAAUGCAAGUGUGGGAACAAGCAAUUCAAAGAAACCUACGAUACCAGUCAGUACCAGCGCCAGACCCUCCAAGACAAAGCCUAAACCUGCAUUAUUAGACCAAGGUGCAGUCUCAAAGAAACCCCAACCCACCAGAGCCAGUAAAACUCCUCCAAAGUCUAAAGUUACAUCAUCGAAAGCCACUCCGUCCAAACCCAAACCAGAUUCUCUAAAAGAUGCUCCUUUUAAACCAACAACAUCAAAGGUCAACCGCUCGAAAUCAGCCACCCCCAAACCUACAGCUGCUAAAACCCCUAAGCCAACAAAGCAACCAAUAACCACCAAGGCUCCAGUCACCCCAAGACCUACUAAGCCUUCAUACAACCCAGUUACACCACCUGCUACUGAUGGCUUCCAGAGCUGGGAGGUGCCACCUACACAGUUCUCCAUGCUGGUAGAAGCUAAGGGAGAGAAAGGAGAUGUAGGACCGCAGGGGCUGCCUGGACCUCCAGGGAAGCCAGGCGUGCCAGGCAAGAGGGGUCCUCGGGGCCCUCCUGGUCCACAUGGAAACCCUGGGAGACCCGGUCCACCUGGACUCAAGGGGAACAAAGGUGACCCUGGCAUCUCACCUGGACCAGCACCCAAAGGAGAGAAGGGAGACUCAGGGAUCAUUGGCCCAGUUGGAAUUAUUGGUCAGCCAGGUCGAAAGGGACAGAAAGGUUUCCCUGGCCAACCCGGACUCCCUGGAGAGCCUGGUGAGCAAGGUCCAGUCGGGAGCCCAGGUGCCAAAGGUUAUCCUGGCAGGCAGGGUUUACCUGGGCCUAUAGGACCAAUGGGGCCUAAAGGCGUUCGGGGUUUCAUUGGAAUCCCAGGCCUUUUUGGCCUGCCUGGUCCUGAUGGCGAAAGAGGUAUACCCGGCGAACCAGGGAAGAGGGGCAAGAUGGGUAGGCCGGGGUUUCCUGGGGACUUUGGGGAGAGAGGACCACCUGGGCCAGAUGGAGAGCCAGGUAACAUGGGAGCCCCCGGUCCAAACGGAGUUCCUGGACUUAUUGGAGACAUGGGACCUGUGGGACAGAUUGGCCCGCCAGGACCUAAUGGACUGAAGGGGGUGCCUGGAAAUCCAGGAGAACCAGGACUGAAAGGUGAUAAGGGUGAAAUUGGGAUUCCUGGAGAGCAAGGGGAGAUUGGAUUCAAAGGAGACAAGGGUGUCCAGGGGGCCCCAGGUUUACCAGGCAUCCGUGGGAAACCAGGACCACAGGGAAAACCAGGAGAGAAAGGUCCCGAUGGUACCCCCGGACCUCCGGGCCCUGAGGGUUUUCCUGGUGACAUGGGACCACCAGGAGAGAACGGCCUUGAAGGACCAAAGGGAAAACCAGGGGCUAGAGGUUUACCAGGCCCACGAGGGAUCCCUGGCUUGGAGGGAGACGAGGGCCCUAUUGGACCACCGGGCCUAACAGGACUCGAGGGUAGAAUGGGCAGGCAAGGAUUCCCUGGGAUACUCGGUACAGAGGGAGUUAAGGGAGAGCCCGGCAUCACUGGAAAAGUUGGACCCAUGGGAGAGAGAGGCUUGGUGGGCUUCAUUGGACCUGUGGGAGAGGCGGGACUGGCAGGAGAGAAGGGAGAUCGAGGGGAGAUGGGCCUUCCUGGACCACCUGGAGAAAAGGGACCAACGGGUCACCCGGGGGGACCGGGUGAGGCCGGACCUACUGGACCACAAGGAAGACCAGGCCCUCCUGGAGCGACUGGGCCAACUGGUACCAGAGGGCCUAAAGGCUUGCGGGGAGCGAAAGGGCCUGACGGUCCAGCUGGAGAGAUUGGAUUAGAGGGCAAGAAGGGUCCUGAUGGUCCUCCAGGAAAAUUAGGUUUCCCUGGACCGCAGGGAAAGCAAGGAGAACCAGGAGAAACCGGACCUAAAGGAUUUUCUGGUAUCCAGGGGCCUUCUGGAUCUCCAGGGGACAAGGGAAUAGCGGGCGAGCCAGGACCGGCAGGGCCACGUGGGACUAUCGGACCUUUGGGAGAGACUGGUCAAAAGGGUCCUCCAGGAAAAGUGGGUGAACCAGGACUUCCAGGCGAGCCAGGGGAGAAGGGAGCCAUUGGACUUCCUGGGAAUAUCGGAGAGCAGGGACUAAUAGGACAGCGGGGAGAGCCAGGUCUAGAGGGAGAAGCUGGUCCAGCUGGUCCUGAUGGAACCAAGGGGGAAAAGGGUGACAUGGGUCAGGAGGGUGACAAAGGAGAAAAAGGUGAAACCGGACAAAAGGGGAAGGAGGGCCCACCUGGAAGUCCUGGAUUCACUGGUGUCAGGGGUCCAGAAGGGAAGCCUGGCAAAAUUGGGGAACAAGGCAAACCGGGGUCAAAGGGUGCCAAAGGUAAUCAAGGUCACCUCGGGGAGACUGGGUCAGUGGGGAAGACUGGACCGCCAGGUUUUGUUGGGCCAAAGGGUUCCAGAGGAACUAUUGGUCAUGUGGGAGCUCCCGGUCGAAUGGGUCAACAGGGGGAGCCUGGUCUUGCAGGCUAUGAGGGCCAUCAGGGACCUCAAGGCCCCAUAGGGCCUCAGGGACCAAAAGGUGAAAAGGGUGAACAAGGCGAUGAUGGGAAGGUAGAGGGUCCUCCUGGUCCUCCGGGUGACAUGGGACCUCCAGGGGACAGAGGAGAGAGAGGGGAGCCAGGUGAUCCUGGGUACAAAGGGCAAAUUGGUGUGGAUGGUGAGCGAGGUAGACCCGGUGCUCCCGGACUGCCAGGACAUCCUGGACCUCAAGGGCAGCAAGGACCCAAAGGGGCCAAAGGAGAUCAAGGUCAGAAAGGCAAACAGGGUCAGCCAGGACCAAAAGGAGCCAGAGGACCAGAAGGUGUAGGUGGUCCUCCUGGUCCUAGAGGUGUGGUGGGCCGAGAAGGUCAGGAGGGUGUACCCGGGGUGGAUGGAGUCCCAGGAAAAGAUGGCAGUAAAGGAAUCCCGGGAGAGCAUGGUGAUGAUGGGGAGGCUGGUGUUCCUGGAAAAGCUGGCUCGCGUGGUAAAACUGGCGUUCCAGGACUCCCAGGAGAUCAGGGAGCUUUUGGACCAAAGGGUGAGCGGGGUCUUCCGGGUCAGAGUGGACCUCCCGGAAAAAGAGGCUUCAAAGGUGGAAUGGGAUUGCCAGGGCCACAGGGCGACAAAGGACCUAAAGGACAACCUGGUGACACAGGAGAGCCGGGUUUUCCAGGAGUUCUGGGAGUUUUUGGACCAAGGGGGCCUCCAGGAGACUUUGGGCCAAAGGGCAUAAGAGGGCCAAAAGGGCCCCAAGGAUCAUUGGGUAGACGAGGAAUUGUUGGUCCCGUAGGAAUUAUUGGUCCCAAUGGAAGAGCAGGUCCUCGAGGACAGAAAGGCAAUCGUGGCGAGACUGGAGCUCAAGGUCCAAGGGGAUCUCCUGGACCUCGUGGACCACCUGGACGUCCAGGUCCUACAGGUGUCCCUCUGUCAUUUAAAGAAGAUGGUGUAUUGUUUAUGGAUUUACCCACCCCACUCAAGACUGAGAAUAAGCCUGUGAUGGACCUGCCGAUGCUGGACCAAGGUGCAGAGAUCUUCAAGACCCUCCACUACCUCAGUAACCUGAUCCAGAGCCUGAAGAACCCACUGGGCACUCGGACCAACCCUGCCCGUAUCUGCAGGGACCUGCACAGCUGUGAACAGAAGUUAAAUGAUGGCACGUACUGGAUUGACCCCAACCUGGGUUGCACGUCAGACACAAUCGAAGUCACCUGCAACUUUACUGGAGGUGGACAGACUUGCCUGAAACCAUUAACAGUGUCCAAACCAACAGUCAGUGUUGGUCGUGUUCAGAUGAACUUCCUCCACCUGCUGAGCUCAGAGGCCGUGCAGCACAUCAUCAUCCACUGCCUGGAUGUCUCUAUUUGGAGGUCAGCUGAGGAUCAGCCUGUUAAACAGGGGUCUGUGAAAUUCAAGGCCUGGAGUGGAGAGGUGUUUGAGGUGGGAGGAGAGCUGGAGCCAGAAGUCUUGGAGGAUUCCUGCUGGAUAAAAGAUGGGCGCUGGCACCAGACCCAUUUUGUGUUCCACUCCCUAGACCCCACACUCCUCCCUGUGGUUGACAUUUACAACCUGCCAAAAGCUAGUCCCGGCUCUCAUUACCACCUAGAAGUGAGCCCUGUUUGCUUCCUGUGAGACUGUGUCUUCAGAGCAAAGACGGAUGGAACAAGAUACAUUCACAUAGGUGGAGAAUGGAGCAAUCUCCAAACCAACCAAACCAUGGCCAAACACUGUCCAAGCAAGAAGAUGCCACCAACCCCCAAACAGAUCCUGCUUCGCUCUGCCAAACUCCCUGGACUGCAAACACAGAGGGAGGAAGCACAGGGACCUCGGGCUGGAGCAGGGGGCAAAGAAGGGCUGAGAAAGAACAGGGCAGUUCUCGCACUACAACCUUCUUGAGGCUCUUCGAAAAGGAUCUUCUCAUAUACGCUUACUUGGAGAAAAUAAAGGCGCUAUGCCACAAAAUCUCUCCAGAACAUUUCUAAGUGAAGGGAGACAAAGGCCAAGUUAAUCAGUGGACAUUAUAGUAACUUAUUUUUGUAUACAGUCUGUAUACUGAGCGUACUUUUGGGGGGGAAAUACCAGAAAUUUAUUUCUGCUAGAAGAAAAGAAUUAAAG